AUGGAAAGAAAGGUGAAUACGUAUUGGAAAAAUGUCCUCACUAUCGUGCCUAUUGUUGGGGCUGUUCUGGCUACAAUUACCUACCUGUUACGUCUCUACGGCAGGCGGAUGAAGGCGGUGGGGUUUCUGCUGGAAGAUUAUCUAAUGGGAGCUGGUCUGAUCAUCUCCUACUGCGUCACAGCUUUUGUACCGCCUUCAAUGGUGUCGGUCUGCCAAUCGCAUCCCUCCCCAAGGAUGAACGGGAGCGUAUUCAAUUCGUAUGUUAUAGCUUAUGAUGACCUUGAUAGUAUGGGAACAUCUGACAUUUCGCAGGGAUCAUGGAUGAUACAGAAGUUCUGGGCCCCGUCAAUGGCCUGUGUAAAGAUCUCAAUUGUCUUCUUCAUUAAACGACUAUUCAGCUCGAUCCGGGCAUACGUCGUUAUUUCCAACUGUCUGGCCGGAUUUAUCGCCGCAUGGGCUCUCGCUGCUCUGUUGACCAAUAUCUUCCAGUGCACACCGGUGCAAUACUACUACAAUAAAGACUUGAAAGGACACUGCAUGUCGGGACAGGUUCAAUUCUUCCAGGCUAUGGGCUCGAUCGCAUUGAUUGAAGAUAUUAUCAUUUUCUGCCUGCCAAUUCCUGUAUUUUGGAGGUUACAGAUCAACAGGCGGCAGAAAUUAGGAUUAACUCUGGUGUUUUCUCUGGGUUUACUGUGCGCGAAACCCCCGGGCAUAUUAUAUCGUUUCCUUCUGACAAAUCGCAGUGUCUGCAUCUUCAGUCUGAUGCGCCUGAUUGAAUUCCGUAAAUUCCAGCUCACCGACCUUGCCGCCUCAAGCGCCAAAGAAUCCAUCUGGACUUGCCUGGAACUCGACGUGGCCAUCAUUUGUGGCUGUCUUCCGUUUCUCAACCCACUUGUGCGAGGCGUCCGUAGCAAAGUCAGAAGUGAUGCCUCAAAAUAUCAUACCCAUCCUUCUACUGGAUCCAACCUGCAUUUACACUCGAUGCGGGGAAAGAAAGGCGAGUUUCGAACGCUUGACAGUGAUUGUGGAGCGUCAGCGAAUUCAAAUAGCCGCAAUGCUAUGGCUACGGCAGGUCGACAGAGCUCCGAUAUGGAAAAUAAUAGGCAGGAUGUGGACGGGAGGUCUGGCAUGGCUCAUAAUUCUUAA